CCGUCACCACGUGAGCGAUAUUAUUAUAACACGAGACUCCGUCCCCGGACCACGCGUGCAACGUUCGCGCAUCGUUUCGCGGUGGAACGAUUUUCAUUUGUACGGCGCGUCGUCGUGUUGCGUUCGCGAGACCGUCUCACCGGUCGUGUGUUCGUUCCGUCGUCGUCUUCUCGGUCUCGCGAUAACGCGCGUCGUUAUUUUUUAAACCGCCUUCGCGCCGCGUGACGUUUUCACGACAGUGCCGUUGUGCUCCGGCGUCCGAUUUUGAUCGCGUGGAUCCGCGCGUAUCUCGUCAACGGAUCUCAAAACCCGUCCGCCCGCCCAUCGCCCGCAAUUUUUCGUCAGUUCCGUUUCACCGCGCUGGCACUAUGGCACCCGCGAGACGCAGUGCACUGUGGUUGUAGCAAGGUAAGGUGCACCACGGGGACGCGGUGAACGUUUUGACGGCGCGUGUUCUCGGAAAAAAAGGGCUCCGGUGCGAACGGUUUGGUUCAUCUGGAAAUAUUUAUAUUUUUCCCUUCAAUUCCUCCGCGCGAGGUACGUGUGUCGAUUACGAAAAUAUACCUAUAACGGUACAUGCCUGUACGCAGUUCACUCAGAUACUCAUUUAAAAAGCUCGACACACGCAAAACAAUUGAAGAAGACGUGGUUUUCAACCAUCUACAGUUAUUUAAAGUAAAUCAACGUUAAACAGUUUUGAUGCAGUCGUCGUCAGUUCAAAUAAGCACUCUAGUUAUGACAAUACAUUUACCAAGGAAAAACUAAAAAUAAUGAAAAUAAGGAAGAGUGUUUGGAGUACCUUGGGUACUAAAAACAAUUGAGAUAAACAUCGGUGUACGCGUCCAAAUGAAGAAUAAUAAUAAGAAAAAAUACUAAAUGUACCGCUGAGAAACCGUAAUUAACGAGGGUCGGGGACGAUGAACGGGUCGGACUUCGGCGGUGGCGGCGGUGGCGUUGCCAACUCGACCGGGAACGGGACGGGCGCGGAUGCCGCGUGGCCCGACAGCAACCAGUUCGAGUUGUCGUGGUGGCACCAGCUGGCGUGGACCGCGCUGUUCGUACCCAUGAUCAUGGUGGCCACGGGUGGCAACUUAAUCGUCAUAUGGAUCGUGAUGACCAACAAGCGGAUGCGAAACGUGACCAACUACUUUCUGGUCAACCUGUCCAUAGCGGACGCCAUGGUGUCCACGCUCAACGUGUCCGUUAACUUCAGCUACAUGCUGACCAGCAACUGGUCUUUCGGCACGGCCUACUGCAAGAUCAGCCAGUUCGUGGCAGUGCUGUCCAUAUGCGCUAGCGUGUUUACACUAAUGGCCAUUUCCAUCGACAGGUACGUGAGCGAUUAAUAUGUUUUUUUUAUUCUCGGCUCCUCCACCCCGAUUGCUUUAGAUUUAAAACGCUCGACUCUUUUUUUCUUGAUUUUUAAUGGUAAAUUAAAAUUAUUACAUUUAAAACUUAUUCUCCCAUUAUUUACCCGUCUUCAAAUUGGCCACAGUCUACUAUCAUUCCUUUAAACUCUUCCUUAACUCAUCUCCUCAAUGCACCCCACACCACAUAGAUUUCAACCGUAUCAUUUUUCAUUGUCUCUUUCCUCCUAGUAGACAUCUCCUUUUUUCAUUCCUAUCCACCCUAGGUUAUCUCAUUCGCAAUUCAAAUUUUAUCCUUAAUUCUUGCUUUACCCAUAUCAUUUCAACUCCAACAUUAAUUUUAUUA